CAAAUGCAAAUAUCCAAUUAACCAAUACAAAACAAUCUCAAUCCACACCCCCUCUCCCCCCUCCACUUCUCUUCAAAUGGGUACUCUUCAACUCAACUCAUAUGGCCUAUCUUCUUUCUCACUCACCCAGAACUUCACCUCCAAAACCCACAAAACCCUUAAACCCUUCAACCCUCCUUCCUCCUCUAAACCCAAAAUCAAGGCCAUUGGGACCAUCCCAGAAAGCCAGUCACAGGCUACCCCAUCAGAUGAACCACCUUCCGUCAACUUUGCAUUUGUCAAUUCAGUGUUGCUCCCUGAUGGCACCCCGGAUGUACAUUUCCGAUCAGCAUGUGGUGGCCAAAAACUUAGGGACAUAAUGUUGGAUUCUAACAUUGAUUUAUACGGACCGUAUGCUAGGCCUCUGUUAAAUUGUGGAGGAGGGGGAACCUGUGGGACUUGCAUUGUGGAGGUUAUUGAAGGGAAGGAGCUCCUCAGCCCACGGACAGACAAGGAGAAGGAAAAACUCAGAAGGAACCCAAAAACUUGGAGACUUGCCUGUCAAACCACAGUGGGCAAGGCAGACUCAAGAGGCCUGGUGGUGAUCCAGCAACUUCCCGAAUGGAAAGCCCAUGAAUGGACUUAUGAAAAAGAAUUGCCUUCGGAAACUUGACAACAGUUUUCUUUUCUUCUUUCUUUCUAAUCAUGUAAAUUUAAUAUAAUUUGGAAUACAACUUUGAGAUUUUUUUU